UGGGGCGGGCAGGAUUGGGAACAUGGAGCAGGCCAGAGGUCAUCGCUCUUUUCCAUUCCUCCCAGACAAACAAUGCCAACCACAAGGUGUCCAGAAAUUAAAAUACCUUUGCGUGGCCCAAAGUCAACCAAAUACCGUGGGAGCCCAAAAGUAGUCCAUUGUUAUGCGGUGCCUGCUAUGGGUUGCGGAGUGGCUGAUUUAGCUUAGGAGCGCUUUUGAAACUGUAAGAAAAGGUCUUCCUUCAAAGAGGGGGAGGGACGUUCCACAUGAUUACAUUUUUUUUUAAAAAUUGUAAAAUUAAGGCUACCUGGACAAAGCCGGUUUUAGGUACAGCAACAAAAACCCGCCCAAUCUGGGAACAUUUCUGUCAAAUCAACCAACCAACCUCCCUCCCUCCCUGGAGCCGGACCCCAAUCGCUGCUGCACCACUUCCGGCGGCCGGGGACGCUUUUAGGCGUUGCACAGCGGCGGCGUUGCCAUGGUGAGAGCCGGGAGCCCUGAGGCGGGGAUUCAGAGGCGAAGUGAGUCUCAGAUAAACAUUUUAAUUAUGGAACAAACGGAUGAUUAUGUUGAAGUUACGUCUGAAAAGCUACACUCAGAGAAUCAGAGCUUGUUGGAUGAAGAAGAUCCCCAGGCUGAGAACAUAAACAACUUUUUGACUGCAGUAAUGAUGGGAAACAGCGAGGAACUCCAGAAGUUCUUUGUUGACACAGAUGAUCAUAAUAAUGAGAAAACAACCAGAUUACUAAAUACACAAGAUAAUCUUGGCAAAACUGCCCUGCACUUAGCCUCCCAGCUGGGCCACUGUGAAAUUAUCACCAUGUUGGUGAAACUAGGAGCUAAUGUGAAUAUGAAAACUGUCAGAGGAUACACUCCUUUGCACUGUGCCGCAGCCUGGGGAAAACUGGAGAGCAUAAAAACUUUGGUGGAACUUGGAGCUGACAUCCAGGAAAAAACCUUCAGAGGUGAAAAAGCUCAAGAUAUCGCUCACCGCUAUUCAAAGACUGAUUGUGCGGAAUAUCUAGAUUGGGCAGAGGCCAAACUGAUGUUGGAGUUGUAUAUUUCCAAUAUCCAAGAAACGGUGGCAGAUCCUACUAGGCUGCAGGCCAAGCUGACCAAGCAAGAGAAGACUGCCUGCUUGAAUGCCUGUCGUGUAAAAUCUGAUUGGUUGCAAUCGUCCCAAAAUGUACCAGCGCAGGAAUUCAUGCAACAAAAGGAACAGCUGGAGAUGACCCUGGAAUCUAUCUUUUCCAAAAUAUUAACUGCUUGUUCUAUGGAGCCAGUAGCUGACCCCGUCCUGCACACACCCAUUGGUCGCGUGUCAGCCAACUUCAAGCCUACCCUAAACUGAUAGCCAAACACUGAAUUAUGGAAGUUUCACAGCACUGAAGGAGGCCAUUCGGCCCAUCGGCUCAGCACUGUACGUAGAAGCUUCCCCCACUGGAACCAUCGACUGUAAUACACUUCUAUUUUCCUGAACCCCUUAUUGUGAUUCUAAUUCAGGUAUUUAUCCAAUUCUCUUUUAAAUGAUGUUAUAGCUUCAGCUUCAUUGACCAGCUGUGUCAAUCUAUUUUCUAACAUAUUGAUUGUCUGACAGGCAAGAUCAAGAAUCCAGGCAGAUUUUUUGCCUGUUCUCCCAAUCCCAAGGGCACAACAGCAAAGUGUAGUGAUCCUGUGCCAUCCUAAGAUCAUCUCAUCUGUCUUGAGCCAGAUGAUUUUAGCCAGAGUGACAGUGGAAACCUAGCUCCUGCUCCUGACAACAGCCUCUACUGUAAAGUGUGUGGAUGUUGGAAAGCACAGGGUUGGCCUGCAAACAUGUACCGUCCAGAGACACACAAACACAGCGCUCACUUGUGUGGAUCAUUACCUCCAGAUGAAAAGGGGAAAUACAGAGAAGAGUGGGAGAUGUACAGCAAGAUAUGGUUUGGGGAAAUGUUUUGAUUUGGGGCCCAAGAUUGUCACAUUGAUCUGUUUUUAAACU